AUGACUGACCCUUUCUGUGUGGGUGGAGGUUGCCAGCUCCCAGGGUCCAGCAAGAGUGGUCCUGGCAAAGAUGCAGGCCGGAACGAGGUCCGACUUCCGGUGAUGCAUGAGCCCCCCAAGCUUGGAAUGUCAGUGGUCCGAGGUGAGCAGACUAUGCCCAGCCAGGCCUCACUCUGCUUCGACCCGGGAAGCCCAGCCAGCGACAGAGCAGAAGGGAAGAAAAAGGGGCGACCCAAAGCAGAGAACCAGGCUCUCCGAGACAUCCCACUUUCUCUGAUGAACCAGUGGAAGGAUGAAUUCAAGGCCCACUCAAGGGUGAAGUGUCCAAACUCGGGUUGUUGGCUGGAGUUCCCAAGCAUCUAUGGCCUCAAGUACCAUUACCAGCGUUGCCAAGGGGGUGCCAUCUCUGAAAGGCUGACUUUCCCCUGCCCCUUCUGUGAGGCUGCAUUCACUUCCAAGACCCAGUUGGAGAAGCACCGCAUCUGGAACCACAUGGACCGACCCCUGCCUGUCCCAAAGCCCGGGCCAGUCAGCCGGCCAGUCACCAUCAGCCGGCCUGUUGGGGUCAGCAAGCCCAUAGGUGUGAGCAAACCUGUCACCAUCAGCCGGCCUGUGGGUGUCAGCAAGCCCAUUGGCAUCAGCAAGCCAGUGCCAGUUAGCAGGCCUGUGCCAGUCACCAGGCCCGUCCCAGUCACCAAGCCCGUCCCAGUCACCAAGCCUGUCCCAGUCACCAAGCCUGUCCCAGUCACCAAGCCCGUCCCAGUCACCAAGCCUGUCCCAGUCACCAAGCCCGUCCCAGUCACCAAGCCCAUCCCAGUCACCAAGCCUGUCCCGGUCACUAAGCCCAUCCCGGUCACCAAACCUAUCCCGGUCACCAAGACUGUCCCGGUCACCAAGCCCAUCCCGGUCACCAAACCUGUCCCGGUCACCAAGCCUGUUGCCAUCAGCAGACCCACACCACCCUGCAAAAUGGUGCUGCUGACCAAGGCUGAGAAAACACGCAGCAUGGGGAGGAACAGUGGUAAGAAAAGGGCUGCAGAUAGUCCAGAUGCUUGCCCCUUGGCACCAAAGCUGGCAAGGUCAGAGAAUGGGGAGUGCAGCUCGUCCACAGAGGGCCAGAGUUCAGGAUUGCAGCUAGGUGUCGCGUCCACGAGCAGUCCCCUCUCACAAGGCAGCAGUACCUCAGGAGGCACAGAGACACCUCAGGUCAUGGGCCGUGCAUCUCCACCUGAGGACCCAGAGCGGACAAAGCACAGAAGGAAACAGAAGACCCCCAAGAAGUUCACUGGGGAGCAGCCAUCCAUCUCUGGGACCUUUGGACUCAAAGGACUGGCCAAGGCGGAGGACAAAGCCCGCAUCCACCGUGCCAAGAAACAGGAGGUAACAGGCCCCGAGGACAUACGGAAGAAAGUGCUGGCUGUUACCAGUGUCACCAGCAAGGAGGUGCCAGGGCCCGGGACUCAUUCAGCUCUAGGUGGCCCUGAGGAGCACUGGCAACGGGCCAUCCAUGAGCGAGGUGAGGCCGUCUGCCCCACCUGCAAUGUGGUCACCCGUAAGACCCUUGUAGGGCUCAAGAAACACAUGGAGGUGUGCCAGAAGCUGCAGGAUGCACUCAAGUGCCAGCACUGCCGGAAACAGUUCAAGUCCAAGGCAGGCCUCAAUUACCACACCAUGGCAGAGCACAGCUCCAAGCCCUCUGACACCGAGAACUCGGAGGGCGGCGAGCAGGAGGAGAGAGAGAGGCUGCGCAAGGUGCUGAAACAGAUGGGGAAGCUACGCUGCCAGCAGGAGGGCUGUGGGGCCGCCUUCUCCAGCCUCAUGGGGUACCAGUACCACCAGCGGCGCUGCGGGAGGCCACCCUGUGAACUGGAGAGCCCAUCCUUCCCCUGUGCCCACUGUGGCAAGACCUACCGCUCCAAAGCUGGCCAUGACUACCACGUGCGCUCAGAGCACACAGCCCCGCCCCCUGAAGAACCUGUGGACAAGUGCCCUGGUUCUGAGAACCUGCUAGGUGUGGAGCGGACACCCAGUGGUCGUAUCCGCAGGACUUCGGCCCAGGUGGCCGUGUUCCACCUGCAGGAGAUUGCAGAGGAUGAGCUGGCCCGAGACUGGACCAAGCGGCGGAUGAAGGAUGACCUUGUACCAGAGACUGCACGGCUUAAUUACACACGGCCAGGCCUCCCAACACUUGACCCCCAACUGCUGGAGGUAUGGAAGAACGAGGUCAAGGAGAAGGGCCAUGUCAACUGUCCCAAUGAGUGCUGUGAGGCCAUCUACUCCAGCGUGUCCGGACUCAAGGCCCACCUCGCCAGCUGCAGUAAGGGAGACCACUUGGUGGGGAAGUACCACUGCUUGCUGUGUCCAAAAGAGUUCAGCUCUGAGAGCGGAGUCAAGUACCACAUUCUCAAGACCCACUCGGAGAACUGGUUCCGGACCUCUUCACACUCCCCUCCCAAGCACAGGAAUCAGGAACUGCUGGAGCCCCAGAAGGAGAAGGGUGUGGAGAGAGGGAAGAAGCGAGGCCGCAAGCCCAGGGAGCGGCCUGCUGAGGAGUCUGCAGCCAAGCUGCCCCCACGGUGUGAUGACUGGCCAUCAGGGGCCAGAGACAAGGGGGGCCGAGGCUCAGCUAGCCGAAAGUUGGGGGUUGGCAGAGCACCUGAAAAAUGA